AUGAACCACUCGCCGCUCAAGACCGCCUUGGCCUACGAGUGCUUCCAGGACCAGGACAACUCGACGCUGGCCCUGCCGUCCGACCAGAAGAUGAAGACCGGCACGUCGGGCCGGCAGCGCGUGCAGGAGCAGGUGAUGAUGACCGUCAAGCGGCAGAAGUCCAAGUCCUCCCAGUCGUCCACCCUGAGUCACUCCAACCGAGGCUCCAUGUACGACAGCCUGGCCGACAACUACAACAGCUACGGGACCAGCAGCCGGAGCAGCUUCUACUCCAAGUUCCAGGCGGGGAACGGCUCGUGGGGCUACCCGAUCUACAAUGGGACCCUCACGGAGGCUGACAACAGGCGCUUCAGCUCCUACAGCCAGAUGGAGAGCUGGGGCCGGCAGUACCCGCGGGGCAGCUGCACCGUGCCCGGCGCCGGCAGCGACAUCUGCUUCAUGCAGAAGAUCAAGGCCAGCCGCAGUGAGCCCGACCUCUACUGUGACCCCCGGGGCACGCUGCGCAAGGGCACGCUGGGCAGCAAGGGCCACAAGACCACCCAGAACCGCUACAGCUUCUACAGCACGUGCAGCGGCCAGAAGGCGGUCAAGAAGUACCCGGGGCGCCCACCCUCCUGCACCUCCAAGCAGGACCCUGUGUACGUCCCGCCCACCUCCUGCACCAAGGACCUGUCCUUCAGCCACUCCAGGGCCAGCUCCAAGAUCUGCAGCGAAGACAUUGAGUGCAGCGGGCUGACCAUCCCCAAGGCCGUGCAGUACCUGAGCUCCCAGGACGAGAAGUGCCAGGCCAUCGGGGCCUACUACAUCCAGCACACCUGCUUCCAGGACGAGUCUGCCAAGCAGCAGGUGUAUCAGCUGGGCGGCAUCUGCAAGCUGGUGGACCUGCUCCGCAGCCCCAACCAGAACGUGCAGCAGGCCGCGGCCGGGGCCCUGCGCAACCUGGUGUUCCGCAGCACCGCCAACAAGCUGGAGGCGCGGCGGCAGAACGGCAUCCGUGAGGCGGUCAGCCUCCUGAGGAGGACCGGGAGCACCGAGAUCCAGAAGCAGCUGACCGGGCUGCUCUGGAACCUGUCCUCCACCGACGAGCUGAAGGAGGAGCUGAUCGCCGAGGCGCUGCCCGUGCUGGUUGACCGCGUCAUCAUCCCCUUCUCGGGCUGGUGCGACGGCAACAGCAACCUGCCCCGCGAGCCCGUGGACCCUGAGGUCUUCUUCAAUGCUACUGGCUGCCUGAGGAACCUGAGCUCCGCAGACGUGGGCCGCCAGACCAUGCGCAGCUACACGGGGCUCAUCGACUCGCUCAUGGCCUACGUCCAGAACUGCGUGGCGGCCAACCGCUGUGACGACAAGUCAGUGGAGAAUUGCAUGUGCGUCCUCCACAACCUCUCCUACCGCCUGGACGCCGAGGUGCCCACGCGCUACCGCCAGCUGGAGUACAGCGCCCGCAAUGCCUACACCGACAAGUCCUCCACCGGCUGCUUCAGCAACAAGAGCGACCGCAUGAUGAACAACAACUAUGACUGCCCGCUUCCCGAGGAAGAGCCCAACCCCAAGGGCAGCAGUUGGCUGUACCACUCGGACGCCAUCCGCACCUACCUGAACCUCAUGGGCAAGAGCAAGAAGGAUGCCACCCUGGAGGCCUGCGCGGGCGCCCUGCAGAACCUGACUGCCAGCAAGGGGCUGAUGUCCAGCGGCAUGAGCCAGCUGAUCGGGCUGAAGGAGAAGGGCCUGCCCCACAUCGCUCGCCUCCUGCAAUCUGGCAACUCGGACGUGGUGCGGUCCGGAGCCUCGCUUCUGAGCAACAUGUCCCGCCACCCUGCGCUGCACAGGGUGAUGGGGGCCCAAGUGUUCCCAGAGGUGACCAGACUCCUCACCAGUCACACCGGCAACACCAGCAACUCGGAGGACAUCCUGGCCUCGGCCUGCUACACCGUGAGGAACCUGAUGGCCUCCCUGCCGAGCAUGGCCAAGCAGCAUUUCUCCAGCAGCAUGGUCAACAACGUCAUCAACCUGUGCCGCAGCAGCACCUCCCCCAAGGCUGCGGAGGCCGCCCGCCUCCUCCUGUCCGACAUGUGGUCCAGCAGGGAGCUGCAGGGGCUGCUCAGGCAGCAAGGCUUCGAUAGGAGCAUGCUGGGGACCUUGGCCGGGGCCAACAGCCUCAGGAACUUCACCUCCCGCUUCUGA